UUUUUUUUUUUUUCUUUCUGGGAGGUGUUUUUUCAUUCCCGUGUUCUUGUUGGUAAUCUUGAUGAGCGAUUCAUUCCCCCAUCGGUGCUCUCAGGAGGGUCGGCUCCAGCUCCCCAAUGUGCUGCGGAGGAUCUGAAGUCAUGGAGGGGGGGGGGGGACUCUGAACACACCGACCUGCUGUAAUUAAGAACCGACCGCUUUAUGAUCGCUUUAGUUACAAAGUUAAAAGCUCAACAGGAAAACUCUCCCUUUGUUCCGCUCAAUCAUUUGAUUUUAACGACCGAACUGCUUAUUCGAGGAUUAUUACUAUAUUUUUCUUCUUCUAGCAAUUCCUGGGCUGUAAAGCUUAUUGCACAACUUUUCUCGGCUCGGCGUCUUAUCCGCGAGCAUGACUCCAAACUCUGCGGCGGCAACCUGUGUCCUAGCCUUUGAAGUUCAAGCCGUGACUCACCAGCGUUUUUGGUGGAUUUAUCCAGAAAACGAGGCGCCCACGAGCCGGGCUCGCUUUCUCUGACACUUUCUACCCAGCACUAUGACUGGAUUUCACGUCUUCUAAGAGCCUAAGUUGAACCCAGCAUGAGAGAGGAUCCGAUCCAUCGGAGAGAGGAAAACAAGCUGGUCGCUGUGAUGCAGAAAUCUGGCUUCAGGUUCCUUCAUGCUGCUGUGGAGUUCCCCCUCCGAUCAUCAACACUGGAUGCAGGUUCAUUUAGAUUCUCCUCAAUAAGUGUUUGAAUUCUAACCCAGAUGUUGAGUUCUGGUGGAAGACCUUCAUCGUUAACAGCUUGGAUUAUAGCUCGUUUCUUCUGCAGGUAGAUUACUAAACUAGAAAGAGAAGAAGUGGGACCUGUUCCAGUAGGCUAGGUUGAUAUUUCUCACCCAAGUCCACCAUGUGCGGCCGGGCCCCGCCACUCCAACCGAGGCCAUGACCGUCCCUCUGCGGCCCCUGGCCGGGCUCUGGCCGUGGCUUCUCAUGGCGGCCCUGCAGGUGGUGUUGGGCCAGCCGAGCCUGGAGUCCGAGCGCUCGGGCCUCCGAGCGGUCAUCAAGGUGACCCUGGUGAAGGAGCCCAAGGGAGAGCCCAUCGUUCUGAAAGGGGAGUUCGUGGGAGGAAGUGCAGGAAAGGCGCAAGGAAAACUUAUGCAGUAUCACCCUCUGUCUCUCUGCAACACGAGCGACGAUGAGCGACAAGACAGCGCCUUCAUCACCAUCGUCAAAUUGGAGCACAGAGUCCCCCGCUGCUCCCUGCUGCCGGAGAAGGCUCGCAUAGCGUUGGAAAAGGGAGCCCAGGCUGUUAUCUUCGACGUCAGCGAUGACGCCAAUGCGCCUUCUGAGCUGAAGGAUACAGACUCCCUCCCCCACCCCGUGGUGCUGAUUAAGGGAAGGGAUGCUGAGGACCUGAUGAACCUGGUGAACAAGAACGAGGAAGCCACAGUUAACAUUGAAACCGAGGUGGAGCCCAAAUGGCCACAUUAUGAUGUGAGCAUCCUGCUCACCAUCGUCCUGGUUAUUCUCACCAUAGUCCUCAUCUUUGCUUUCCGCUACAAGUGCAGGUCCAACAGAACCUGGGACUCCGUCCAUCAGCAGACCAUGCGGGCCAUUAGUCGACUGGAGACCAGAACCUACCGCUCCCAGAGCUGCUCGGGCUCACAGCGCCCCCGUGGGGCCUGGGGUUCGGCCAGCAGUUCUAACUCCAGCCCUGUCUGCGCUAUCUGCCUGGAGGAGUUCCAGGAUGGCCAGAACCUGAGGAUCAUCUCCUGUCAUCACGAGUUCCACAGAGACUGUGUGGACCCCUGGCUGAUGCAGCACCGCACCUGUCCACUGUGCAUGCACAACAUCAUGGGUACAGAGAGGCAGGCUCAGAGGAACAGAAACCAGCAGAGUUCAGAGCAAAGCCAGAGCUUCCUGCAUUCUCAGCCUUACAGUAGCCCCCACAACCAUCCCUUUCCCCAGCACGCCAUCCCCUUCUCUAUGAGACCCCACUACCCUCGUGGGCCGUCGGGACCCUAUCCCAACCUGGGCCACUACAGCGGCUCUUCUCCCAUUGACACUCAGACUCUACAUUUCCUCAGCAGUCGGCAGCUGGGUGGUGGCUGUGGAUACCACCUUCCUGUGGAUGUUCCUGUAAGGCCUCACAGGAUCGGAGCCAACUGCAGGACCUCCUCCCAUCACUACCCCUCUCGUCGGUCCUGCCACAACUACCGCUCCUCCUGUCUGGCCCAGCGAAACGCCGCCGGCUCCAGGCAGCAGCACGGCGUCUCGGUCCCGCCACAGAGCCGGGGAGGAGCGGCCCACAGCCGACCGGACGACGGGAGCUGCUCUGGGGGCAGCUACCACACAGAGCGCAGCGGGUACUUGGCGGAUGGGCCUGCGAGUGAUUCCAGUUCGGGGCCCUGGCACGGCUCCUCCAGUGACUCAGUUCUCAACUGUACGGACGUGUCCCUGCAGGGAGUUUAUGGCAGCUGGUCCACUUUCCGCAGCUCUCUGAGCAGUGACUAUGACCCAUUAGGGUAUUUUGGGGCGGGGGCAGGGCAGGUCCCCCGCAGAAAUAGUAUGGAGGCCGGGGCACAGAAUCGGCCCAAGUCUCUGGAUUCUGUUGUGAAUAAAGCAGGCUGUCCGGAGGAACAACCUCAGACUGUUUUCAGCCACAUUCACUACCACCGCCACAGACACCACCACUAUGAGGAGGGGGAGCACAGCCAGGGGGUGAGCAGAGGCUCAGAUGAGGAGCAGGGGGCUGCUGCAGCUGCUCCCCCUGCUCCUGUGCAGAAUAAAGACUCCCCAAAACACAGCCCCUGCCACUGCCCCAAACCAGAGCCCACUGACCGGCCCAGCCCGGGGACAGAGCGACAGGACCACAACCAAACCGGACCUCCUGUCAUAGUCCCCUCAGUCCCGCUACAGCUCCAAUCCCACUGCUGCCACCAGGGACACGGACACCACACCGCUCCUCUGGGCCGAGUGGGAGGCUGUCUGCUCGACGGACCCUCAGUUCACUUUCACCAGAGUCUGGACCUGCAGGACGACCACAGCAUCCACAUCCACUACGGUCAGAGCCCGGGCUUCUGCUGCUCUCCCCCCGAGCUGCACCCGGCGUUACUCCCUGUGCCUCUCAUCUUGGACUCGGCAGGAAUAGAGGAGUGGCCUUGCUGCUCGGGGGCCCAUGUGGUGUGGCAGAGACAGGUUCAGCAGGCUCACUCAGAGCCUCAGCUCAUGGGACCAGGAACCUCAAUGGACAGGCCCCCCUGCAGGGUCCAUCAGGGACCCUCUGCUGAGCGCAGCACAGAUGUUUGUUUAUACUGCCAAUCACUACAGCACAAUCAGGGAUCAGAAGAGGAGUCUGGGGUGUGAGACUUUUUCUCAUCCCUAUCGCUGCCCAAGGAGCCACAACGGAAAAAGUUCUUCCUAAAUUUCACCAAUAAUGCCUUUAAUUCAAGCAAUUUCCCAGCUGCCUUUUCAGGAGGAUUCCCAUCUUCAAAUAAUGAUAUAUCUUGCUUUUGAAAAUAAUAACAAAAUAUUUGAUAUAUGUUUUAGUUUCCCAAUCAACCACCAAUGGUCCUGCUUUGGGGCGUUGAGCCCACAUGAAGUGAGACUGCAUCACCUACUCUUUUUCUCGUUUUUUUUUUUUAUACAGUGUAACUUGAUUUCUUGUAGAGGUACUUCCCAUUCAUCUAAGCAGUCUUUGCCUUCCCGCCCGCUCGCAGCUGAGAAAAGCUUUUCUCUCCAUCCUACCUCAGCUCAGAUUUCUUAAAAAGCCUCACACAGGGGGUCUCUAAAGGUACUGCUGUAGUAUUUUGAUGUAUUGAUGUAGCUUCCACAAACUCAACCAAUAGUUCCCUUUUUGGCCGUCUGGAUUGUUCAAAAACGGAGAGAAAGCUUUUCAUGCUCAGCCCCCAAAAACCAACGACGAGCAUUGGCUGAGGGUCGCUCAGCCUGGCACGGGCCUCAAUCUUUCAUUAUUUCAGUAAUGGCAGCUGUUUUGGUCUCUUUUUUUUCUAUUUUUGUUGUUUGCAAGGUUUUUAUCUCUUUAAAACCAACCGGUUUGACUGAAUUAUGUGAUGGUCAUUACAAGCUAUUGUCAUGUUUUGUUUAUCAUUUCUCGUGCUUGUGGUUACUUCAAUGCUGCUCAAAGAAAGGCUUCAUCGGACGGAGAGUAAUCACAUCCUCUGAUUUUUUUUUAAAUCUUUUUAAUUCAACCUGCCUUUAUACUUUUCAUUGCCAAGAUUACGAUUUCCUCUCGUCUUCCUGUAAAACAAAACAUAGCUGCUUGUAGUAUAACUGCAGUAAAGCCAUGUAACGGUACCUGGUAAAAGUAUUCACCUUGUUGACAUUUCCAGAUGUUCAAACCACAAAUUGUCAUAUUAGGAUUUUUUUUUAUGAUAAACCAAUACAAAAAAAGCAAUACUGUGAAGUUUAGGGAAACAUGGUUGAAGGAUGAGUAUUUUAAAAAGGUGUGUGCAUUCAGCCCUGAAGUCAAACAGAGUCAAUAACAUUUAAAGUCGGUUACAAAAUCACUUAGUUUUAUAAAGGUCGUAUAUCAGCUCUUAUGGGGAUGAUUAGAAGACUGUUGUUAAGCCAGCACUGUUUAAGUUUUACCCCAAUUUGCUUAAUUUGAGAAACGAUGAAGAAUUUUUAAGGUCAAUAUACAGCAUGGUGGGUAUUAAAGCUCCGAUGCUAAUUUAAGAGCUUUGGAUCCAUUGCUGAAUGAGUCAUGUGACCCAGAGAGCUGCUUUAUAACACUUGGAGCUAAACUUAAACACCAGAGCUAACCUUACAUGCCUCUACUGGCCCAGGGAAGCAAAUUGCGGAACACUAUGGCUGUGUCCGAUUGUCCGCCCUAACCACUGCAUACGGCACUAUAGAGUGUCCGAAUAUAUAGUGGAUGAUAAAGUAGUAGACUCAAAAUUUCCCACAAUGCACCUUGAAAAGUGGGGAUCAUCCAUGAUCACAAGACGAGGUGAUAUAACUUGGAAUUCUUUGUGAGGAGAGCUCUCCUCGCAAAGCAUCAUGGGAUUUGUUGUCCCACUGUCGCCCAUGGCUGUUGCUACCCGACAGUGGCGACAAAUAAUAUAGAUGGGGCGCUGUUCACUAUAAAGUCCACUAUAUAGUAUAGUGAUUGAGGGAUCUAGGGGUUAGGGCGGACGUUCGGGCACAGCUUAUGUCUGAGGAAACCAAAAAAGAAAUGCGUGACAGAUAUCGCCCUUGAAGACAAAACAAGAGUUAAUCUAGCUAAAAAAAAUGUAGGUCUUUGGUGCUGGAUAAAAGGGGAGUUAGGAUGUUAGACUGGUAAAUUAGCUUUUUAUCUACUGCAUAUGUCAGAGUGUAUUUUUCCGUUUUGGAGGAGCUAAAUGCUAAGCUAGCAGGCUACACAACAGUAUGAAUAAAAAAAAAAAACAGACAUGACCUUUUUGUGAUCAGAUAUAUGGUUUGGUUCUCUGACGUAGGAUUUAAUCAAAAGGGUUGAACUUGUCUUUAACAGUAACUCCAUAACUUCUGCUGGUCCAAAAUGGGCUGAAACCAGAUUCCAAAUCACAGAGACGAUGGUUAUUUCUUUAGCAGUGCAGUGUUGCCAGUCUUCUUUUAGAGAUUUGAACCUCAAAGUUCCAGGUUUAACACCCCCAAGUGGCUGAACGUUUUAUAAAGCUGCUUUAGGAAAAGCAUGGCUGAAUUCGAAUUCAGGGGCUGCGUCCUCCAAAGGCCAGAUUCGUAGGCUAAUUAUGUCACAGCGCGGCGCCGAGGCCUGGUUGGAUUCGUAGAAUCCUCAUUAUGCGGCCGACAAAUGUAGCCUUCUUUUCGCCUUAUCUAAAGGACCGGUCCGGUGUAUCCUACGUAGCCUUGGAUAUCCCAUGAUUCAUUGCGAGUCCAAGCAAGCUGGUUGUUCCGUGACCAGAGGAAAAAGAUACUUUGAGCCAAAUUGUGGUGAAUAUUGGAAGUGCAGUUUAAUAUAAUAGAAGUAUGUGAAUAUUUCCGUCUGAAAUUAAUGAAAAUAGUUCUUUUAAAUAGUUAUUGAGUUAGAUAUUUGGCGGGUAAUAUUUGGUUUAUUGAAAUGUUUUUAUCUGUCCCUGUGUAAAUGGGCAGGGCUAAUAUUUAAGGACAGAUUCUAAUACACCUGAUUGUUGGGGACUAUAAAUCUGAUAUGAUGCAGCUGUUGAAGCUCCUCAAAAAUGUUAUCAACACCCAGAACAGCAGUGAGAAGUUCGGUAUUCUUUCUUCUCCUGCUUUUGUUUGUCAACUGUCACCGUUGCUAGGCGACAGAGCAUACGGCGAUAAAAGCCGCGGAAGGCUUUUACCGCCAAUAAGGCAGAUAAAUCGGGUCCUUUGAGGAUGCAGCCUUUGAAAUCAAACACACCCUAUAAGUGGUGCUGUUUGGAGUUUUCCACAUGCCGUUUAGGAGCCAAACGUGUGGAAAAGGAUCCUCUGGUCAGUCAAGAACAAAAUGGAAGCAUGGUGGUGGCAGUAUCAUGCUGUGGGGAAACUUUGCUAGUGCUGCUGGGUAAGAUGGAUAGAGAUUAGUCAGUUAAAGUUUAACCUCUGGUGACAUUCAAUUUUCAGUCAGGAAGCAACUAGAACGAGGAGAAUCAAACUACAGAAUAUACAGCAGACUUAAAAAUGGCUGUCUGUGGAUUCUCUCCCUUUAGUGUCUGAGCUGUUUAUUCAUGAAAUAACUGAAGAAACUUUAGGUGACCAAAGCUGGUUAAGGUAUACACCAACUGACUUCCAUUUAAAAUGGCUGAUAAUAAAUAACUGCCACACCUUAAGAUCUUUAUUUG